AUGGCUGUAGGUUUUCAUCUCCUGGUUCUGUGUUGGACACUGACUCACUGUGUGGGUUCACCUGCUUGGUUCCAGAAUAUUUCCACCAGCAUCUUUCAACUUACUGGGGAUAUUAUGCUUGGCGGGCUGUUUUCCAUCAACGAGCUAACCAGUAACCUUUCCCAGAGGACAGAGCCCAACGACAUCAGCUGUGAACGUUUGAAUGAGUUAGAACUGGGCCUUGCACUGGUGAUGAAAUACACAGUGGAUGAGAUCAAUGCCAACCAAACACUGCUCCCUGGCAUCAAGCUAGGGUACAAAAUCUACGACACCUGCAAGCAAGCCGCCGUCAUUGUGAGGCCCACCGUCUCCUUCCUGACCAACAAAAACAACCGCACGCUAUCUGUGCAGUGCAAUUACACCGACUACGAGACCAGUGUGGUGGCUGUGAUCGGGCCCUAUAACUCGGAAAUGGUGGUGGUGAUUGGGAAACUACUGGGAUUUUUUCUCAUGCCGCAGAUCAGCUUCGGUGCCACCAGCGACAAAUUCAGCAACAAGCACAUCUACCCAUCCUUUUUACGCACAGUGCCCAGCGACAAAUGGCAAGUGGACCUCAUGGUGCUCCUGCUGAAAGAGUUUGGGUGGAACUGGGUGGCAGUGGUGGGCAGCGACGAAGAGUACGGACAACAGGGAACACAGGAAUUCACCAAACUAGCUGAAACCAUGUCCGUGUGCGUAGCCUACAAGGGGCUGAUUCCUGUCUACUCUGACCCUGCAGCCACAAUCCGAACCAUUGUGGACAACAUCCAAACCACAAAGGUCAAAGUAGUGGUGGUGUUUUCUCUUCCAGAACCAGCUGCAGUUUUUUUUAAAGAGGUGAUCAAUAGGAACAUAACAGGUGUAUGGAUUGCCAGCACAAGUUGGGUGGUUCAUCAUCUGCUGACUUCCCUCCCUGGUAUGGAAAAAAUCGGUACCGUCAUCGGAUUCGCUGACACAACACGGAAGCUACAUCUGCUACCGGCCUACACGGAGGUGCUCCUCACCAAACUGAGCGAGGAGAAGAUGAAGCCUGUAGCGCCUGAGCUCCACAAUCCCUGUCCACAAUGUUGGAACUUGACACCAGCAAAUAUAAGCCUCGUCCUGGAUCCUGGAGUGCAGCAAGCUGCUUUUCGAGUUUAUGCUGCCAUCUACAGUGUGGCAAAGGCGUUGCAUAACAUGCUAAGCUGUAGUUCAAGCUCGUGCGACUGGGAUACAGAGACCAAAAUUCUUCCAUGGAAGCUCUUGAGGGUUUUACGUAACAUGUCUUUUGACAUUAAUGGCACGCAUUUAGAGUUUGACAGCAAUGGCAAUCCCAACAUCGGAUUCACAGUGGUGGAGUGGAUCUGGAAAAAGUUGCAACUGGAUUUUGCUGUUGUUGGAAGUUUCAACCAAGAACUGUCCAUCAACAAAUCUCUUUUCAAAUGGCAUACUGAAGACUCUCAGAUCCCCGAAUCCACCUGUUCAGCAGAAUGUGGCAUAGGCCAAGUACGAAGAGUCAAAGGCUUUCAUUCGUGCUGUUUCGAUUGCAUUGACUGUUUGCCCGGCACUUAUCAGGCCAACCAUGAGGACAUCCAGUGUACCCAGUGUCCAGAGGGCCAGUGGUCCCAGACCAGAAGUACUAACUGCACUAGACCCACCUUUGAGGUUUUGUCCUGGGACACACCAGAAGCACUGGAAGUGGUGCUGGGCGGGCUGCUGCUGCUGCUAUGUCAGGGUGCAGUGGCCGUCAUCUUCCUACGGCAUCGGCAGACCCCCAUGGUGGCGGCCUCUGGUGGGCCCUGGAGCUUUCUGGUGCUUUUCAGCCUGAUUGGAGCCUGCCUCAGUGUGGUGCUCUUCCUGGGCCAUCCGGGGAAUUUGGUGUGUCGUCUUCAGCUGCCUCUGAUCUCCAUUUUACAAACGUUUGCCGUCUCCGUUAUCGCCUCGAUUUCCCUGCAGAUAUUCUUUCUAACAGAAUUCCAUGACAAGGCUGCUCCUCACCUGCAAAAACUGAAAGGACCUGCUUGCUGGCUGUUUUUGAUCAUAUGUUGGGCUUUGCAAGCAUGUUUCUGCAUCUGGUACAGCCAAGAAAGCACCUUGUUGUCGGAGUAUGUGGCAAACAUGAAAAUCGACUUCAUGAGAACCUUCUUGUCAUGCCCGAUCACACCUGCUUUUGGACUGGGCUUGAUGCAGAGCUGCAACUUUGUAUUGGCCCUCGUGUCGUUCAUGUGCACCUUUCUGGCGGUGAAACCUCCUCAUCAGUAUAACCUGGCCAGGGACAUCACCUUUUCCACGUUAAUCUAUUGUGUGAUUUGGGGAACCUUCAUUCCAAUAUACAUAGGUCUGCGUGAAAAGAGUAAGCUUUUUGUUAUGAUUUCCUUUAAUCUGAUGAGCAACUUCGGACUUGUGGCAGCUUACUAUUUCCCAAAAUGUUACCUCCUGUUGAGAAAACCCGGGCUCAAUACCUCGGAAUAUUUCUGUACCUUCCUGGAGGGAGCGCCGCUGACAUCUGCCAAGGAGGAGCCACAGCCACAGCAGGGCAAAUAAGCUAAAAACAAUUCUCAAGAUGUGGUAGGUGUACCACUGGUGGUAGGUGGGCUCUAUAUGGUGGUACACAAGAACAAUCAAAAUACAAUACUGUCUAUCCAACCAUUCAUUUCAUAUACUGCGUGUACGCCAUUUUUGCUCCUGUGUACUACUAUCCAUCCAUCAUCUUCUAUGUCACUUAUAUGUACUACCAACGGCCAACUAUUACAGCCAA